AUGCCCACUUUCACUCCGCGUGCGAUUGCGGUGGCCUCUGCGGCUGCUCUUUCCGUCCCGACUGCCAUAUUACUUCUCCGCCUGGCGAAGUCACGGAAGAAGCAACAGGAGCCACCCUUUACUGACGUGCCGGUCUCCCAGUGGACUGUGCAGCAGGUGGCGCAGUGGCUGCGGUCACUCGGCGCCUCUGAAGAGGCAGUGAAGAGUUUCUGCAAGAAUGAUGUGGAUGCGUCGGUGCUUUUUCUCCUGGAGGAGGGGGAUAACAUCGCCAAGUUGGCGCCCAAGAUGCGUGACCAGCUCCUUAUUCGGCGUGGGCUUCGCCAACUGCGGGGGCAAGCAACGCAUGAGGAGCCUGGUGUAAAGCCCGUCUCCGCGUCUGGUGAGGACGCAGGGGAGACGGAAGCAGAUCGUGUUGCUAGCUUUUUAAAGAGGCUCACCGCGAUAGCCAGCCUACUCACCUCCAGUGAGUUUGAGAGUGCUUCCCCUGAAGUGCAGCGAAGGCAGCGGCAGGAGUGCCUGGAGUGGAUGCAGGCUUUUUUGGGCGAGAUGCAACAGCUUGCCCCAGAACACCAGUCCAAACUCAUGCCUCUUGUAAAGAAGGUGGAAGCCCUUAUUGUCCAUCCCCGGCCGAGUGAUGCCACAACGGCCCUAGCAGAGCCCAGCGAGUUGGAGACACAGCUGAGGGUAUUGCACGGGAUGGUGGAAGGAUUUUUGCGCCUGCUUGACUCCACUGACAUGCAGGCGAGCAACGACCCCCAGCUGGCGUCGCUGCGCGAGAGAGUGCGGUCGCAGGUCAAGGAUGUUAUGGAGGUUACACGUCGCUUGCCGCCACAGCAUGGCGAGCCACUACGGAGGAAGUGCCAGUUGGUUCUGCAGAAGCUUCAAGAAGGUUCGACGCCGGCAGCGACGACAGCGGCGCCAACAGCGGGACGGGCCACGCAGGCGGCCGCAGAAUCGCAAGCAGUGCUGCUGGCACCCAUGGUGAAGCGGCUACGAGACGUUUUUACAUCUCUCAAGUCAUCCCAGCUGAUGAACGUGGAACCCGCAGAGCGUUUGCUUCGCAUCUCGGACAUGCUGAAGGAUGUGCGAAACAUUCAAAAGGAGGCGGCAGCGUGGAGUGAUCCCGGUGCGAUUGAGAUCAUUAAUCAAGUGGCAGGAAACGUUGUGACGGUGCUGGAGCAAAUGGAAUCGCUUACACGGGAGGAAUUGGAGUCGGGGCGUGCAAGCGCUGCUGAAGAAGCUGAAGAGAAUGAGAAUGCGAAUGAGCCAACAAAUCUUCAGGGCGUUGUUGCUGUGCUCCAGGCCCUUAUUCAAGUUCUCCACUCGGAUGAAUUGGCCCGUGCUCCCCCCGCGGUACGGCGACAAAUGUUGUCUCAGCUGCAGCAGAGUAUGCGGCGCCUGCGGCAGCAGGUUGCAGGCCUCCCGUUGAACCAGGACACGGCGGCUGUGGCGGCAAUGGUUGAAAAGGGCAAUACAUAUGUGGAUGCGCUCUUGGAGGAUCGCCGAGGCGUCAAUACAAGCUUGGGCGAGAGCCAAGGCAACGAGGAUGAAGGAAGAAAUGUUCCCCGUAAUGCCGGAGGAAACAGGGAGGCACUUCCAUCUGCCACGGCGACAAACCCAUUGGAAGCGGAGUGGCAAGGCAAUGCCCUAGACAAGGCGCUACUGGAGCUGGAGAAACUGUUUGAAUACAUCAAUUCGAAUGAAUACGAGACGAUGUCCCCUGGAAGGAAGAGUGAGGCGUCGCAGAGGAGUUUGGCGCGCCUCGCCGACAUUGAAAAACGCUGCGCACGGUGUGAGGGGUGCGAUCAGCUGAGAGAGCUUAUUGAGCCCUUGAGGGAAAUUUUACAGGCAGAAGUGAGGAAGGAGGAGGGGUCAGCCGUGCCAGGGCCCACGCCACUUUUUCUCAGCAUUUCCUCUCACCUGAGUCGGAUGCAUGACCUCAUUAGCUCUGAUGGGUUUAAGCGGGCAGACACGAACUCGAAGAAAAAUGCCGCGAGAUCUAUUAUCCCGCAGCUGCAGAAAAUUGUCUCCGCGCUGUCCCUACUUUCGCCCCGGGAACGCGCUGCGGUGGAGCGACUCUUGUCGCCUAUCAACGAGACGCUUAGGGACAUCGCCGCGAAGCGUGAUGACUCCGCAGAAGAGGCUGUUGCUGGCCCCCAACGCGUUGUGGCACAGGUGGAAGAGGUGCUAUCCGUUUUGCAGUCCGAGGAGUUUCGAACCUCCACCGAGCAGCAGCGGCAACUCAUCGUCAGACGGUUGCUGCAAAGGGUGACCAGGUUAGAAGAGGAGUGUGCUCAAAUGGGCGGAGCGGCGGCUUCACUCCUGCCCAUUCUGAAUCGUCUCACAGCACAGCUUCAAUCGUUUUCUCCGACUGGAAGACCUGUGGGCGCUGCUGAGGCAGAAGCGCACAGGGGGCCUGCGGCUGCCGCCGCCGCCGCAGAUAAUGAGGAGGAAGAUGACGGCAACGAGGCGGACGAAGACAACGAUGGCGAUGACGAUGCUGAUGUUCAGGAUGAGGAGCCAACGGAUGAAGCAGCCAUGAUCAAUAGAGUGACAGGGAGGGAAGACAUCAUGGGGGAGCGGCGAAAACUUUUUAAGGCGGUGACAGACAUCACUGCGGAGCUGUGCAAGAGCAAUAAUAAUCGCAUUGUGCUCUCUGCAGAGGAGAUGCAGCCUCUCCUUGGGCUGUUGGAGAUGGUGGACUCCGUUGGCUUCACCACCGCGCAGGAACGGCAUCUCAGGGAUGACUUUGACGCCCAGAUACGGCGUGCCUCCGGUGAGGGUAACACUGUGGGGGAGAUGAACCGUCUGAGCCCUCGGGAACUCAUCCGCAUCUUUUCGUCGUUGAAGAACCAGCUCUCCGCAUCGUCCCUGCCAUCACCCACGGAGCUGGCCUCAGUCAUGGCAACCGUGGAGCAGGCACUACGCGAGGCAGAUCAAGAAAAUCUGCCAUGGCGCCGUUACCCACAGGUUGUGAAUCUCGUUGGGGAGGUCCUCAGCCGUAUUCAGCAACUGCAGUCCGCGGUGGGCGCGAACCUCCCCACCGCGGAGCCGAACACGGGGAAUGUGGCUGCCGAAGAACCGCGUGAAGUUCUCUCUCAACCUGAGGAGAACGCUCGAACUGGCGCAAAUAUGACGUCUCAACUAGAAGGAGCAAGAGACGACGCCCCCCGUGAUGCAUUGAGGGGAUCCCAAAACCCUCCGGCAGCUGCUCGCGACCCCUCAGGUACACCAAAUGUGACUCCUCAGUCAGAAGUGGAAGCAGGCGAUGCGGUGGAUGGGAACAGUGUUGCCCGAUUACUUUUGGAGAUCUCAGAGCAAUUGCGGGAGGGUCAGGUCCCAGAGGAGCUGCUUGACCGUUACUCCAUGCUAUUGGACUUGGUUGAGGCCACAUCCACAGAUCCGUCUGUGCAUGAGGCGGUUGCGGACAUACGAGAGCAAAUAAAUCUACAGCACAUUUCGAAUCGUGACACCAGCUCCGAAGACUCCAAUUGCGCGGAGGAAGAACAUGCGGAGGAGGAGGAGCAACAGUAUGGCGAAGAAGAGGAGGAACGAGAGAGGAAGUGUGAAUCGAAAAAGGCGGCGCCAGAAGAGCCAUCGAGCCAGGCUAGGGACAGAGAAGAAGCGAAGGCGGCAUCGGCAGCCAAGGAGCCUUCCCCUCGCGAGGAGGCUCCGACGACGCAGUCGACUGACGUGAAGCAGAGCACGGAAGAGCAAGCAGGGGACACGGCUUCAAGGGAGAGCGCGUCUGAAUCACUCUGGAGUCAGCUUCCGCGAGAUUGCGUUCCUGGCGGGGCAAGAAACGAGCUUCUGCUAUUGCCGCGGAUCGAAAAAAGGAUGUUUGCAGGUGAGCAACACUUUAUUGAACACACGACACUCAGUGAUAUUCAAAACGUAAGCAAGGUGAUCCUUCAUCUUGAGAAGAACGCGACUGUAAAGGGCAACCCGUCGCUGAGCGCUCGCGUGCAGCGCGUGAAGAAGGCCUUUGCACAACAAGUAGAGGCUUUCCAUGGCAGUGAGCAACAGUCUAUUGCCGUCUGUUCAUCCUUGCAGCUUUGCUGCAGAGACACAGUCGUGUCAGGUGAGAGUGUUCGUGAGUUUGUCAUAUGCACAGCUGCAGAAACAGAUGCAUUUGGGGAUACAAACAACAAUAAGAAGCUGGUAAGGCGCCUAACAGAGGAGAUGCCGUUGCAAACAACAGUUUCCAGUGAGGUUGUCAAGCAGUGGGCCGGAAAAAGUGUGGCAGUUCUCUUCUGGGAAGGUGAUGUAGUCAUGAGUGGAACGGAGUUGAGUGAACUCGUGCUGCUGCGCGAGGUUCUCGUGAAUCGCUAUGGGUUUGAGGUGGCCACUGUGAUGGAUUCGAAUGCAACUCAAAUGCGCAGCCUACUUGAGGAGCUGGCUUCCUCGGGGGCAAAGCGACUGUUUCUAUUCUGUCUAACGCAGUAUGACACAGCCGCGUCGCCGUUCACCGUUCCUUUCCAGGACGGCUCAGAGCUUCCGCUUCGUGAGGCACUGCAGAUGUCAUUGGCGAUUGAGCGUGUUGUGUUGCUGCACUGUCAACCUUUGAAGCUUACCACGGUGUCCGCUUUUAAUGGAUGUGGCGGUCAAUUUCUUUCAGUGGAGCUCACGGAGACAGCACGAGACGACGUGAAGGCGCGGCGUUGCUGGCUCUUCGAUGGUCUGCUCACUCCCGCUGUGACAGAACUUCUUUCACUUGAUAUCAAUGCCAUGUUAUGCCCAGAGGACCUGGCCACUUACACUGUUACGGCUUUGUCUUCCCUCAAGGUGAACUUUGGAAGCUUCACUGAAGGUGAGCCGUUAAGUAUGGGGUUUUUUGUCCCGUUUGAUGCAACAAAUUAG